UCUAUUUUUUGCUGUUAUUAUGUCGUAGAGAAUCCCGAUAAGGAUGUAAAUUCACAAGUGGCCUAACUGGUGAAAAAGCUCUAGACACCGUCACAGAAAUUGUAAUGGUUAUAAUGGGAAAUAUUUUGAUUUUUAUGGAAAGUACAACUUUAUGGGUCUCUGCUAGUGUGGCUGAGAACCAAUGGGACACUAUUAAAAUACUGGACAACACAUAAUGGGAAUUUGUAAAUGUAUGUUUAAUGGUCCGUUAAUGCAUUUGUAUUGGAAACCAUUCGAGUUUGAAUAGUUUUCUUUACAGGAGGAAUAAAUACUGGGUUGUUUCAAGUCACGUUCGGGUUUUUAUGGACAAACCCAAUAUGUUGGUUUAAAAUUAACUUUAAAAAGUCAAUUUGACUGGCAUUGCGUUAUUAAAUGAAUCAUAUUUGUUUAUAAUACAACAAAGCAGUGCAGUGUUGGCUUGCUCAACGGGAGACUGCAUUUAUUUAACAUUUUUAACAUGUUUCUGUGACAUUUUAUUUUAUUAGAUAUUAUUUAUCAGAAUGAUCUUGCUUGUUCUAUAAACACCAUGCGAUGUGCUGUGUAUUGUCUACCUGUUUUUUUUUAUUCCUGUAAAGCUGCUUUGGAACAAUGUUGUGAAACGCGAUAUAAAUAAACUAGGAUUUAAUUGAAUGAUGUUUUUAUAUUCUUCCUAUAACAUUCAUAAACAAUUUCCUCAAUUCAUGCAUGAAUUCAUGCGGAAAUCUGUGUUGUCUUUAUUUGCUAAGAACAAACUCCAUGCAAAUCAUUUGUACAUUUCCUUAUAUUUCCCUUACACAAGUUUGACAAAAUCCACAAGUUGUUACAGUGAACCGCUGAUCCAGAAUUCCUACAAACCAAACAUAGCAUUUCCCAAAGACAACCCUCCGCCCUGCACCUGCAAAAAUACCGAGCCAGCAAAGCAGUACGUCCCAAAAGAUGAGAUGGAAGAUCUAGGGAAACGCCGAGCAGAAGAGUACCGACAACAUCAGAUCAGAACGGGCAAACAGAACGAUGUUCUUCUACUUGCCCCUCCUAACACCCCCCUUCAGUAUCCCAUCAGAGGAUUCAGAGUGUCGCCCAUGAAUAAAACUCUUAUUCCUGGUCUAGCUCUGCACGCACAAAACCAAACAAUUUACGAGGUGUCGCUGAAGGUGGGGAAAGGUGUGCUGUCAGUAAUGGAUGUUCAGGAAGGAGAGGACGUGGACGGACAGAAUGAAGCGAAUCUGACCAUCUCCUCCACCAGUCUUGAAAAACUCAAUGAUCUGCUGAGCCGAGUGACCUACACCAGCACCAUCUACCACAUCAAGACUGAAGAUCUCUCUUACUUCUCUUUUGAGAACUAUGAGGUCAUUUUUCCAAUCGAGAUCAAACGUCCAUCAGUUCCUGUUCUUUAUGAUCUGGGGAGGGAGAUAAACUCUCAGGUGACUGUACUGGUGAAAGCAUUUUUGAGAUACAAAGAACUAAAAGUUCUUAUAAAGAGUAUUCGUGUGAACUACCCAAACCUAAAGAUCAUUAUUGCAGACGACAGCCAUGAGCCAGAGAAGAUUGAAGGAGACAAUAUAGAGCAUUACAUCAUGCCUCCAGCACAGGGUUGGUUUGCAGGCAGAAAUCUGGCAGUGUCACAAGUCACCACUAAAUACUUCUUAUGGGUGGAUGAUGACUUUGUGUUCCUGAACCAGACACGUAUAGAGAGUUUUGUGAAGAUCAUGGAAGCCGUCCCUGAACUAGAUGUGGUUGGCGGUGAGGUUGAUGGAAAUCGGUUUGCCUUUAAAUUGCUCUAUCAAGAGGGAAACAGCGAUGAAGGCGGCUGCAUCACACGUGUCAGAGAAAAACACGGACCCGUGCCGGGAUUGGACAAAUGCUUCUUCGUCGAUGGGGUCGUCAACUAUUUCAUGGCCCGAACGGAUGCUGUGCGAAGGGUCGGUUUUGACCCGUUCCUCAAAAGGGUGGCUCACACUGAAUUCUUCAUCGACGGACUGGGAGGUUUGUUAGUCGCCACCUGUGAAGGUCUCCGAAUCGGCCACCAGGAACGCAAGGUCACAGGAGAUUAUAAUAAGUACAGGUUUCCGCCCAAAAGUGAUUCAAAUAAUAAAAUGAAACACCAUUUCUUCAAGAAUCAUCUCAAGUGUAUCAAGUAUUGAGGAGAACAGAUGUCUCAUCUUACAACACCCAACUCCUCACAUUGAUAAAGUAAGAACAAAAGUGAAGGGUGACUUGAGUGAAACUUCUUUGAUCUGAAGGUGUGUGUGCUUAAAUGCCUCAAACUAAUUUUGUCAGCAAAAUAUAAUUGUGCAAUCAACUAAGAUUAUUUAGUUACCAAAUUAUUUUUAAUUCGGAUAUAUUGGAGUGAAUAAUGAAGAAAAUAUUUUAACUGUUCAUCUUGUCUGCAAAUUCAAGGCAAAGGGUGACUACAAUGAAGAUGGUGAAAUAUACAAUAAAUAAACCAAUGAUGUAAAGGGUUUCGGGAAACCCCGCCCAGCUUAAUUUUGGAUCUGUAGUGUUUAUUUAAGUUGUAAAGGAAAGAAUCUGAAUGUAGCAUGAAAUGUUUUGACAGAACAUAACUGCCAGAGCUUAGUAAAGAAAUGUUUAUGUAUUUAUUACAUAUUUUUCUAUUCAUUGUAUGUCACGAAUCACAUGACAUAGCCUAAAUAUCUCAUUGUCAAAGAGCACAAAGCUUUAAUGUACAUUGAAAACAAGUCAUCUGUGGCACAGUUCUAAUAGUUUGUUAAAAUGAUUUUGGUGAAUUUAACGGUUGUAACACUUGAUUUAUUAGAUGGUUUUGUGGCUUAUGUGUGUUUUAUUUGAUGGUGUUUUAGAGAUUUUUUGUCUAGUUUUCUAGUCACAUACUUCAAUAGGCUUUUGUGUCUUUGUUAAAAUGCCACAGUUUUUCUCACUGCACUGUUAAUCCCACAGCCAUGCAAACACUCAUGAAAGUAUGGAAAGAAUGGUGUGAUUUUUUUCUGUUAUUUAUUUUUUUAGUGUAAAUGUGUAAAUAUGGUUGUCUCUAACAAAAGACAUUAAACCGUUUUACUAUA